UGUUUUCCCUAGAUAUUUUUAAGUGAUGAUGCAUCGAUACGAUUUUCUUAAGUAAGCAACUGGGAGUCUUGAUCACGCUCCAUCGCAACUAGUAUUGCGUUCUCGUUGUUCUACGAGGCCUAUUGUUCGUAUUGUUUCUCUUUAUUUUUACGGUGAAUUAUUUUCACAUUAACCAAUGUGUUGUUAAUGAUUUUACGUGUAAAUUCUCGGUUGCAUUCCCAGCGAAUUUUUUUUCUUCUGAGUACAGUCACGUAGUCAAUAUUUCUGCAUUUUCACGAGAAAAGACGUCAAGAUGCCGGUGUUUCACACGAAAACUAUAGAAAGUAUUCUUGAGCCUGUGGCACAGCAGGUUUCAAGACUUGUUAUUCUACAUGAAGAGGCUGAAGAUGGAAAUGCAAUGCCUGAUUUAGGCAGACCUGUACAAGCGGUCAGUAUGGCAGUGGCAAAUCUUGUAAAAGUUGGGAAGGAAACAAUAAAUUCUUCCGAUGAUGCUUUACUUAAACAAGAUAUGCCAGCUGCAUUACAACGCGUGGAAGGUGCUUCUCGUCUCUUGGAAGAAGCAUCAGCCAUGUUGAAACAAGAUCCAUAUUCUGGACCAGCUAGGAAAAAGCUCAUAGAAGGUUCACGUGGUAUUCUCCAAGGAACUAGUUCGCUAUUGCUCUGUUUCGAUGAAAGCGAAGUACGCAAAAUUAUCAGAAAAUGCAAGAGAGUAUUAGACUAUCUGGCAGUAACAGAAGUUAUGGAAACCAUGGAGGAUUUAGUCUAUUUUCUUAAAAACUUAAGUCCUUGCCUUAGUAAAGUAUCAAAGGAAGUAAGCGCUCGCGAGAAGGAGUUGACUCACCAAGUGCACAGAGAAAUCCUUGUUCGUUGCUUGGAUCAGGUGAAGACCCUUGCACCAAUUCUCAUUUGCUCAAUGAAAAUUUUUAUUCACAUCAUCUCUCAAGGAGGUAAGGGAGCAGAAGAAGCAGCUGAAAAUCGAAAUUACUUAUCCGGUAGAAUGUCCGACGAACUGAAUGAAAUCAUUAGAGUGCUGCAAUUGACAACUUACGAUGAAGAAGAGUGGGAUGCCGAUCAGUUGACGGUCCUGAAAAAAGCACAGAGUGCUAUAGAGUCCAGAAUAAGAGCAGCUUACGAUUGGUUGGACAAUGGACUCGUUUUACGCGGUGGAGUAGGAGAGAAGAGUCUUCGCCAGAUAGUGGAACAAGCACAACGUUUAGCAGACAGAUAUCUGCCCCCUUCGCAAGCAGAGCCAUUGAACAAAUUAACUUCACAAAUUGUCACUAUGACCAAUGCUCUUUGUGAAUUGCGGCAGAACGAAAGAGGAACCACGCCACAAGCGGAGGCUCUGGCUCGAGGCAUCAAAGAAAGGAUGAACGAGCUCCGAAGUUCCAUCGCCUCUGCUAUAGUAGCUGCCGAUAAAUCUGGAACCACUCAGACCGCGCACACAGUCGCAGGUCGUCUAGAGCAGGCCAACAAAUGGCUGUUGAAUCCUCAACACGACGACAAGGGACUCGGCCAAAGGGCUAUAGCUUUAAUCAUUCAUGAAGGAAAGAAGAAUCAGCGACACGUAGCAAGCGUUGCCGAGGGUUUGCCUGGCAUACACAAAGCAGAGAUCCUGCAGCUCUGCGAUGAAGUUGACAAUCUUUCUCACCAACUCGGAGACCUGUGCGCGCACGGUCAAGGAAACACGCCACGAGCCCAAGAAAUUGCUCGCCAACUGUCCCACAAAUUGUAUGAGUUGAAGAACAGAAUACAACAGGCUGUUGUGUCUAGGGUAGUCGAAGACUUCAUCGACAUCACCACGCCAUUGAAACAAUUUACGGAUGCUGUGCUAGCUCCGGAGGGCACACCAGGACGCGAUCAAAAUUUCAAUGAUAAAACACAUGCUCUACAGACAUUCUCCAAUAGAGCAGCCAAAACAGCGAGGAUGGUCGCUGCUGGUGGGAGCGGUGGGAACAAAAAAUUGGCAGAAGCAUUGGCCGCGAGUGCUUCACAGGUUGAGUCUUUAACACCGCAGUUGAUAAAUGCAGGACGAAUUCGAAUGACGUAUCCGAACAGCAAAGCAGCGGAUGAACAUUUUGAGAAUUUGAGGCAACAGUAUGCGGAAACGAUGCAAAGGGCACGGGCGUUGUGCGACGAGGCAACGGACAGCGGUGAUUUCAUCAGAACUUCCGAGGAACAGAUGCAGAAGCACUCGUUUCUCUGCGAUGAAGCAAUUGCUAAGGGUCAUCCACAAAAGAUGGUGGACAAUACCGCGGCUAUUGCUAGAUUAGCCAACCGAGUGAUACUCGUGGCCAAGCAGGAAAGUGACAACAGCGAAGAUCCUGCAUUUAUUCAGAGAGUGAAUUAUGCGACAGAUGUCCUUCAGAAUAGUGUUGCUCCAAUGGUACAAGAUGCAAAACUGGUUGCAAUUAACAUCAAUGACAGUAAUGCAAUCUCUCGUUGGAGAGAAAGCAAUCGUGCGCUGUUAACCAAUGUUGGUCACGUGCGUAAGGCCAUUGUGGUUCAACCUGACAUCAUACCUCCGCCAGAAGUUUCUCAGUUACAUCUUAAUGAUGACGAACAAUUGCCAAGCCGUCAAUAUAAUUACUUCACAGAUAAAGUUGGUGAACCUUUAAGAAAUCAACCAUCGCCAAGCAAUUUAUGUGUCAUCAGCCCUAAUCUGAACACAAAUAAACCCCAACUUCGCUCUAUCAGUCCAUUACCAAAGAAGGCACGUGAAGGAGAUAACCCUGAUCUCCUGUAUCAAGAACUGGCUUCUGACAACGAGUUAGAAAAAUCAGUUCACGAUGGAGGCUAUUACUAUGACUAUGAUAAUGAUGAUGAAGUUGCACCACCACGUCCACCAUUACCAGGUGGAGAUAUACCACCUCCAAGACCUCCGCCACCAGAAACUGAUGAUGAGGAUGAAAUGUUUAUGCACGCACCACAACCUAACCAGCCCAUAAUGAUGGCUGCCCAUGGCUUGCAUCAAGAAGUACGACAAUGGUCGAGCAAAGAUAACGAGAUUAUUGCUGCUGCGAAGAAGAUGGCUAUUCUAAUGGGCAGACUAUCUGGUUUAGUCAGAGGUGAAGGUGGCAACAAGAGAGAUCUGAUUGCUUGUGCAAAAGCUAUCGCAGAAGCUUCUCAAGAAGUGACUCGUCUGGCCAAAGAACUAGCCAGAGAAUGUACCGACAAACGUAUUCGAACAAACCUUCUUCAAGUUUGCGAACGUAUACCUACUAUAGGCACACAGUUGAAGAUAUUGUCAACGGUAAAAGCUACAAUGUUGGGUGCACAAGAGACGCUCCCCACCUGGGAAGAGUUGAUGCUUUACGGUACAGAAGAAGAUCAAGAAGCUACCGACAUGCUUGUUGGCAAUGCCCAAAAUCUCAUGCAGAGCGUAAAGGAAACCGUUCGCGCUGCAGAGUGUGCCAGCAUAAAGAUACGCACAGCUUCCGGUAUGAAACUGCGUUGGGUGCGACGUCAGCCUUGGUACCAAUACUAAAUAAGAUGUUGCAAUAAUGAAAGUAACUUGUAACAAAUGGGUAAGCCUUCUUAAUGUUAGGUAUCUUUUAAUAAUAUAGAUUCCACAUGGUAUAUUUCAUGAAAGUGUUCUAACAAGGAGCAACAUUCUGAUGUUCAGAAUUCAUUGAAUUGUUUUUAGUCUUCCUGUGAGAACAAGUCUUUAUAAUUUUCUUAGACCAAGGCAUUUCUUAAAUAUUUUUAUAGCAAAGUCUUUCUGCGAGAAAUAAUUUUAUUUCCUUGUGUUUGAACACACUCAGCUUCAAGGAGAAAUGAGUAAUUUAAAUAUUUGCCACUAACGUAUAUAAGAAAAAAAAUUCAAUGCCUUCUACGCACCUGAAUUAUUAAUUCUUGUAAUAGUCUAAAUAUAAAACGUAAUCGUAAUGAUAAUUUAUAUUUAUACAUGUAUUGACAAAUAAUAUAUUCUCUAUACAAGAGCUAUAUAGUUUGUAUAGCUAUACGUGCA